AUGCGUAGAGUUUUUGGCGAGGACUUGAGUGUGUGUAAGUUCUCCACCGUCUCGAAAGCAAAGGUUAACGUACCUAAUGGCCAGUGGAGCGAUGAAGGCAGCGAUGUGCGAGCAAAGUUUGGCGUAGCUGAUGGUCAGUGGAGCGACGAAGGUGGCGAUGUGUGGUGCAGAUGGACUUGA